GUUUUUGCAAACCUCAGAGUGCUCAAAGAAUAGGUCAAGUUCUCAAACAUAGAAGAGAUCACUCCAUCUAGAACUGCGAGGCUUUCCACAUGUAAAUGAGAAGACUCGCGCUUAACAACUUGGCAUCAUUUAAAAUGCGGCCCAAAGCCUAUCAACCGACAGCAGCCUCACGACCAGUGGGCAGGAAAGAUAACAGUCUACGUGGGGCCAGAUGCUGACGCUUUCGGUCCUCCUUGGUGGUUUUCUUGCACUGACUUUGCAAGCCAGCUCGUAAUCCCACGAUGUAUGAGAAAAUAACUGUUGCAUUACUAUUGUCAGGUUAUAUUUUUACAUCAAGUGCCAACCCUACAAAUACAACAGAAAGUUUUCAAGGUUCUUCCGCACCACUAAGCCCAGGAAAAGGUUUACAAGAGUCCACUCCUACAAUGAGUUCUGAAGAGUUUCCUGUCACCACAAGACCCUCCUUCCCAGGAGACAAACAAGGGAGAAAACAAAUUGAACACCUUUUCUCUGAACCAGUGAUAAUACUCAUUAUUUUUGGGGUAAUGUUCGGUAUCAUUGGAACAAUCCUUUUAAUUUCUUUCGUUAUCAGUCGACUGAUAAAGAAAAGUUCACUGGACAUAAAACCUCCCUCCUUGGAAGACACGGACUUGCCUUUAAAUUCCAUGGAAAUGGGGCAAACAGAAGAGUAGCCAAAGAGAAUGUGCUCACCAAGCCAAAUUUUGGAAGAACUCAAAGAACACACAAGAUUUCAGUCAAGUGAAGAAUGAUCACAGGAAUUGGACCCAUCGACAGAUUAUGUAGCUACCUAAGUUGUACCAUUUCAGAAAGCAAAUUUCAUCAGAAUGUAUUUCAGAGAGUCAACCCUAGGGAAAAAAAAUCUCUGCUCAUUAAUACUUCAAGAUAAAGAGCACAUAUUUCCUUGCAUGCUCAUUUUUGUGUUAGCAUAAUUUUUAUAGUUAAUUGCUUUAUGAUUUCUGACCCAAAAUUUCUGUUGAAUUCAUCUGCUGUUUCUUUAAAACUGACU